GUAACUUUAAUUUAACAUUAUUCGCCCUCCGUUCGAAUCGGAUCUGUUUUCUCUGUCAUUUUCUAUUCAAAAAAAGACAAAUUUGGUCUAGAGGAGAGUUUCUUCUAUUUUCGUUCUCGUCGAUUUUUUCGGUAAAUGAGUUCCACCGCAGCGUCCUCCACCGUCGUAGGAGGCAGAUCGGCCGAGCCUUCUUCCUGUGUUAAAAAAACCUCGAAGCGGCCAAAAUAUUCAAAAUUUACUCAGCAAGAGCUUCCAGCAUGCAAGCCAAUUCUUACUCCAAGUUGGGUGAUCUUGACAUUUCUUGUUGCUGGCGUUGUCUUCAUUCCCCUCGGAGUGAUCUGCUUGUUUGCCUCUCAGGGAGUCGUUGAGAUUGUUGAUCGAUAUGACACAGACUGCGUUCCAGCAUCUUCUAAGGACAACAAGGUCGCUUACAUACAGGGUGAAGGAGAUAAGAUAUGUAACAGAACAAUAACGGUCACAAAAACUAUGAAGCAUCCUGUCUAUAUAUACUACCAACUUGAGAAUUUCUACCAAAACCAUAGACGGUAUGUGAAAAGCCGAAACGAUGCACAACUGAGAAGUCCAAGCGAAGAGCGUGAUGUGAAGACUUGUGCACCUGAGGAUAAUGUGGGAGGGAAACCAAUUGUUCCAUGUGGUCUUGUUGCUUGGAGUUUGUUCAACGAUACAUAUCGUUUUUCAAGAAAUAGCCAACAACUUCCUGUGAAUAAGAAAGGCAUCUCAUGGAAGAGCGACAGAGAUAAAAAAUUUGGCAAAAAUGUUUUCCCUAAAAAUUUCCAAGAAGGAGCACCUAUAGGUGGUGGAACUCUUGAUCCCAAGAUACCGUUGAGUGAGCAAGAAGACCUUAUAGUCUGGAUGCGAACUGCGGCUUUGCCAACGUUUAGGAAGCUGUACGGGAAGAUUGAAACGGAUCUGCACGCGGGUGAUACCAUAUCGGUCUUGCUGCAAAACAACUACAACACAUACAGCUUCAAUGGCGAGAAGAAGCUCGUGCUAUCAACCACCAGCUGGCUCGGUGGAAGGAACGAUUUCCUCGGGAUUGCGUAUCUGACUGUUGGCAGCAUCUGCUUGUUCUUGGCUGUUACGUUCGCCGUAUUGUAUCUAGUUAAGCCAAGGCAACUAGGAGAUCCCUCGUACCUUUCGUGGAACAGAAGUGCUGGAGGUUGAUGAUAAAGAUAUAAAGUUCUUCAGUUUCUGGCUUGUUCCGUAUCGUCAAACAACGUAGUUUUGGCUGAGCUAACAAAAGAAAUAAAAAAAUAUAUAAUUCGAUAUUGUUGAAAAAACUUUUUGACUUUGUCAUGUCAUUGGUAAAAUUUUGGCCAAUAAUGUUUAGAGAAUAAUGUAAAUCAAUUAGUUCAAAACUACAAAUUAACUUGAAUAUAUAUGUUCAGUUUUUAGCCAAACCAUUUUGAUGUGUGUUUGUGAUUUUGUGGUGACUGGUUUUAAAUUUAAAAAUAU